UUCUUCAGUCUAUAAACUCUCUCUCACACAUCAAUUUCCUUCACUUUCUCUCUCUAAAACCGAGAUUUUACAAACUCAUCACAACAACAACUCUCUGGUUCACUUUCUCCGAUUGUUUCUCCAUUUUCAUCUUCUCCGCUUCUCACUCUUUCCCAAUCCAUUUCUCUCUCUUCACAUUCCCCUCUUCUCGUUUCUGAACCCAUUUCAGCCUCUCUUUCACCCCCAUUUCUCGCUUCUCUCUUCAAUUCCAUUCCCAUCCUCAACCUGUGAUCCAAACACCACAACUUUCUUUCCGGGUCCCAAAAAUACACUCAUAUCUCUAUCCACCAUUUGGGUUUCUUUUGUUAAAAAAAAAUUGUGUCUUUUUGGGGAAAUUCAGUGGAUUAACAUAGAUCUACACUUUAUGUACAUGUGUCUAUAAUCUAUUACUCUACAAUAAACAAAACUUAUAAAAAAUAGUUCUUUUGUUUUUGGGUUUUCUAUAUAUCUGUUGUAUCUUAUCCUUAUCUUAUUUGAUGAUUGUGAAUGAAUGAAUGAAUGACUUCCAUUUACCAAUCUCAAUCUGAAAAUUUUGUAAUUGCAACUGUAGCUGUGACAGAAUCUUCAGAAAAGAAAAAGUUGUUUGAGUUUUGAGAUUGUAGGUGAGGUGUUUGUGAAAAGGUUUGAUUUUAUUGUGUUUUUGUUAAGUGGGUUGUGACGGAUUCAUCAAGAGAAGCAAGCUUUUGUUCAGGUGGUCUGGAUUGUGUAAUAAGCAUUCUAAGGGCUCUAAAGAUGGGGUCCUGCUUCUCUGCGGAAAGCAGGAGCCCUCACCCCUCUUCGCCCUCCUCCUCAUCUUUUAGGAAAAGCAGAAGAAAUAGUAAAAAGAAGCAUGGAUCAAGAGGCUCUUCAGUUGAGUAUUGGAGGAAUGAGCCUCUUCAUAAGAUCCCUGAUAGGGUCUUCCUUAAUGGAUCAUCGGAAUUUGCUUCCUUGUUCACUCAACAAGGCAAGAAGGGUACCAACCAAGAUGCCAUGGUUGUUUGGGAGAACUUUUGUUCUAGAGAAGAUACAAUUUUCUGCGGAGUUUUCGAUGGCCAUGGUCCAUAUGGUCACAUGGUUGCAAAAAGAGUGAGGGAUUCUCUUCCUCUAAAACUGAAUACUCAUUGGGAACUUAGUGUGUCUGGUGGGGAAGUCCUCAAGGAGAUUAGCAAUAAUGCUACAGGAAGCGCAAACUCAGAAGAUACAGCAUUUAUAUCUGCUGAUGAGGAAUCCAGGGUAUCCGUUGAUGCUGAGGAAAUGGAAAAAUUCCCGGAAAUCUUUCAAACACUUAAAGAAUCCUUUUUAAAGGCUUUCAAAGUUAUGGAUAGAGAAUUGAAGACGCACCAAACUAUUGAUUGCUUCUGUAGUGGGACAACAGCAGUAACUUUGGUUAAGCAGGGUCAUGAUCUUGUUAUUGGAAAUAUCGGUGACUCUAGAGCUGUGUUGGGUACAAGGGAGAAAGAUGGUUCUCUUGCUGCAGUCCAGUUAACUGUGGAUUUAAAACCUAAUCUUCCAGCUGAAGCAGAGAGAAUUCGCAAAUGUAGAGGACGUGUUUUUGCUCUUCGUGAUGAACCUGAUGUUUGUCGAGUCUGGCUGCCGAACAAUGAUUCCCCUGGCCUUGCCAUGGCAAGGGCUUUUGGAGAUUUUUGUCUGAAAGAUUUUGGACUAAUAUCUGUUCCAGAUGUGUCACACAGAAGACUCACUGAGAAGGAUGAAUUUGUUGUCAUGGCAACCGAUGGGAUUUGGGAUGUGCUAUCAAACAAGGAAGUGGUAGACAUAAUAGCAGCUGCACCACGGCGUGCAACAGCAGCUAGAUCACUGGUUGAGUCAGCAGUUAGAGCAUGGAGAUAUAAAUAUCCAACUUCAAAAGUUGACGAUUGUGCUGUGAUUUGUCUCUUUCUAGACUCAGGCAUGCAAAAAAUCUCCACUGCUUCUAAUGCAAACAAUUCCAAAGAGCAUCCUCGAAGUUCAGGAAUUCAAGUCAGCGACAACGGUGACAACGAAGAUGUUUCUGAACCUAAUGCUCUAGUAAGAUCAGGAACAUGCAGAGAAAUCAAUAAUAAUAACAACAAUGAGGAGGAGGAAGAGAUAGAGAUAGAAGCUGAGACAGAAAAAGAGUGGUCUGCUCUUGAAGGUGUAUCGCGUGUCAACACAUUAUUAAACCUUCCGAGAUUUGUUCCUGAUAAAGACGACAAAUCAGCCGCAGCAGCAGCAGGGACCAGAAAACUCAAAUGAAAAUUGAAAUGAUUCAUUCAACCAAUGAAUAUUAAGAGGGCCCUUUACUUUUUUGUUUUGUUUUUUUCUUCAAUAUUAUUUAUAGGUACAUGCAUUUUCUUUUGUUCACAUAUGUUUUUUUGUUUAAUAUUCCAUUUCCACCAAUUUGUUGGUUUUUGUUUUUGGUCUUAGAAAUAUGUCCAGGCUGUUUUAGUGUCUGGAAAUUUGUCCUUCCUCUCGUGUGCAUCAAAUUUUUUGUAAAAUCUUAAACUCUUGAUAUAUUAAUAAAAUGUAUUUUUUUUGUUGGAUAA